AUGCCAGCCCUCGUCGGUGACGAUGACAAGGGCGCGCCAUGCGUGGAUUCGGCGGGUAAUCCAGGAGUGUGCAGCCUUUUGAACCAGUGCGCCUCACUCCGGAACAGGAGCAUCGCUCUUCAGCAGCAGUCCGUGUGCGGGACGAAGGGAUCAACGACACGGGUGUGCUGCGCCGAACAAUCUGCCAGUGCCGAAGCGAAGUGUCGACGCUUCGUCUCGCCGCGUGACUGCGGUCUGUCGACCUUCCUCUCCGGGCGCAUCGCCAACGGCCUUCCGGUGGACAGCGUGACCGACUUCCCGUGGAUGGCGCUGCUGCAAUACUCGUCUGGGCCGAUCAGCCGGUGCGGAGGCGCCAUCAUCAACGACCGCUGGAUACUCACAGCCGCGCAAUGCAUCAACAGCGCCGGCCCAGUGAAGGUACUUCUGGGCGACUUGAACCUCGCCACCAGCACAGAUGACAGUUUUCAGCACCCGCCCAGAGUGUACAAUGUGGAGAAAGCUGUAAAACAUCCGGAAUACAAGCGGAUCGUCAGAGGAAAUAGAAACGGCCUUUUCAACGACAUUGCUCUCAUCAAGCUCACGGAGCGCAUCUCAAUAUCCCCCGUGAUGAAGCCGCUGUGCAUCUCCGAGUUCCCCCGCCCCGUCUCCGACCUGGACGGCCAGGCAGCCUACGUCGCCGGCUGGGGCGUGACAGAGUUCGUUGGGCCUGCCGAGGUCCUGAUGCGGUGGGCCCGGAUCGGCAUCACGCGCCACGCUCAGUGCCAGGAGGUGUACAACAGCGUUUACACGGCCGUGGACACCACGCAUGUCUGCGCCAACGGCGAGGAUGAGCGCGGCGGAGUCGACGCCUGCGCGGUGGGUUGUGAGGCAGGCCAGCAGGCGUUCUGUCGGAGUGACGCUAAAUGCUAUGGCGAACCUGAACUAUUCAGUUAG